AUGGACAAUUUAGAGAUGAUGCAGUUGCUAUUUUCGAAGCUUGACGAAAAAUUAAAACAACAAACUUUAACCAUAACAACAUCAGUCACUAAGAACGUUUUGGAAGCAAUGGAUGAGAAAAUAAAAACAAUGAUGGAAGAAAACACUAUGCUCAAAUCAAAGACAACCAACUUCCCACAAAAUUCAUUUCCACGUCUCCCAACACGGCUGGUCCCCGCGGGAGCACUAGACCAAAACCCUCCAGCUAAAAGAUGUGAAACAUUCAAAAUUGGAACACUUAACACAAAAACCUUUCCAAGACGGUUGGUCACCGCGGAAGAGUAUGACCACAACCCUCCACAAGGCUAUGAGGAUAAAACUCAAUUAAAAAACAAUAUUAUUUACAUCUGUACGUACAACGUUAGAUCGCUGCUCGCAGAAAAUAGAUUACCAGAAUUAGAUCAAGUGCUAGAUAAAAUAAAAUAUGAUAUUAUUGGAUUAUCGGAAGUAAAAAUUGAAGGCAUAAAAAUAGAACAAUAUAGAAACUAUAUCUUAAUGUAUAGAGGAGACAAAAGUGGGUCAAAUGGAGUAGGAUUUAUCGUCAAUAGUAACUUAAAAAAGAACAUUAUAGAUUUCACAACUUACUCAGACAGAGUCGUAAGAUUAGACAUUCAGUGUGACACAACUGUGUUAAACAUAAUACAAGCUUACGCACCUAUCGAAAGAGCUAAAGAAGAAGCGGUGGAACGAUUUUACAACCAAGUCACUCAAGCUCUCUCAAACACUGGGAAACACGUCAUUAUACUAGGGGACUUCAAUUCAAAAAUUGGGCUUCCUCUACCUGAAGAACACAAGAUCUGUGGGCAAUAUGGAUAUGGAGAAAGAAAUGAAAGAGGGGAAAGACUACUACAAUUCUGUUAUACAAACAAGUUCGUUAUAUCUAAUACCAUAUUUAAGAAACCUCAAAAACGGAAAUGGACAUGGCUAUCACCCAAUGGCAAAACUAAAAACGAGAUAGAUUUCAUAUUGAUUAAAGAUAAAAGAUUCAUAACAAAUUUUGAAAUUCUCUCUCCAAAAUUCCCGUCUGAUCACAGAAUGCUGAGAAUAUCCUACAAAUUACAACAAACAAAGAAAAAACGUAAAUUUCUUCGAACUAAGAAUAAAACGUUUCUACCUAUAGAAUCAAAUGUGAUGGGAAUGAUAGUAACAAGAGAACUAGCUGGAAAUCCUACAACUGAAAAUAUAAAUAACCACUAUAAAACUAUAGUGUCUGCAAUACAAAAAAGCACUUCGUACUUACCAACAAAUGCGAUAAAAAAAGACCAAGAUUGCAACACUAUAAACAAUAAUAUCCUAAAAUUAAUAAAUGAAAGAGAAAAACUUAAGAACACAUGGCCACGCUCAGACAUAGAGAAAAAAAGGCUAAAGAAACUUUAUAGAAAAAUAAAGAAAAAAAUAAUUGAAAGGAAAAAUAAAAUAAAAAUGAAAUUGAUUGAAAGUGAAUUGGAAACAAGAGGCUCUACUAAAAACAGCCAGAAAAGCUACAAAAAAGAAUGGAUGCACUCAAUAAAAACAAAAUCAGGAGAAACUAUAACAAAUCGACAAAGCAUCCUUCUAUCAGCUACUGACUUUUAUAAAAAAUUAUAUUCGGAAAACCAACAAACGAACCCAGUCGACUUAAAUAUAAACCAGAUACACGAUCAAGAACAGGUCCCUUGCUUUUUACUAGACGAAGUCGAAAGCGCUAUCUCAAGAAUGAAGAAAAAUAAAUCACCCGGCGAAGAUGGCAUCACCACAGACAUGUUAAUAGCAACGGCAGAACAAUGGGCACCACACCUGACUAAUAUUUUUAAUAAAAUACUUGAAAGAGAAAAAAAUACCCGAUCAUUGGACACAUUCAAUAAUAACACUCAUAUACAAGAAAGGAGACUCCAAACUAAUAGAUAA